CGGGGAGACGGGCCCCAUCGAUACAACACAACUGCACACAUAAGCACUUACUAAUAAUAAAGCUCUGUUUGUAUGUCAUUUUCAUGGAGAGCCGCCGCUAACACAUAUGGAGUGUCAAGAGGAAAAGCCAAUCAUCUAUACCAUGGAAAACAAGCCGAUUGUAACAUGUGCUGGAGAUCAGGGCUUGUUUACGUCUCUGUAUACCUCAUUGGCCCAGCAGCUUCCCAGGGAGCCAAUGGAGUGGAGGAGGACUUACGGCCGUGCACCAAAAAUGAUCCACCUUGAAGCUAAUUUUGUCCAGUUUAAAGAGGAGCUCCUCCCGAAGGAGGGCAACAAGGCUCUUCUCACCUUCCCCUUCCUCCACAUCUACUGGACUGACUGCUGUGAUACGGAAAUGUACAAGAGCUCAGUGAAGGAGGACAUGCUGCGCUGGCAGAACAGCUUGAAGACCCACGGCUCGGCGGACUGGGUCAUCAUCGUCGUGGAGACCAACGACACGAAGAAGAAGAACAAGCCCAACAUCCUGCCUCGGUCGUCCAUCGUGGACAAGAUCCGCAGUGACUUCUGCAACAAGCAGAACGACAGGUGUGUGGUUCUGUCCGAUCCUCUGAAGGACUCGUCUCGGUCUCAGGAGUCCUGGAAUUCUUUGCUGCUGAAGCUGCGAACUCUCCUCCUCAUGUCCUUCACCAAGAACCUGGGCCGCUUCGAGGACGACAUGCGAACGCUCCGAGAGAAACGCACGCAGCCCGGCUGGAGCUUCUGUGAAUACUUCAUGGUCCAGGAGGAGCUGGCCUUUGUUUUUGAGAUGCUGCAGCAGUUUGAGGAUGCCUUGGUCCAGUACGAUGAACUAGAUGCUCUAUUUACACAGUACGUCCUCAACUUUGGAGCUGGAGACACAGCUAACUGGCUCGGCUCAUUCUGCGCCCCGGUGCGUAACUGGAGCGGCCUGCUGCUCCGGAGGCCCAUCGACAUGGAGAAGAGGGACGGGAUUCAGCGUGGAGAGGCCAGCCUGUUAGACCUGAGGAGCUACCUGUUCUCCCGCCAGUGCACUUUACUCAUCUUCCUCCAGAGGCCGUGGGAGGUCACGCAGAGAGCCCUGGAGCUGCUCCACAACUGUGUCCAAGAGCUGCGCCUGCUGGAGGUGUCGGUUCUCGAGGGCGCCCUGGACUGCUGGGUGUUCCUCAGCUGUUUGGAGGUUCUCCACAGGAUUGAAGGCUGCUGCGAUCAGGCCGUUUUAGCUGCAAACUGCUCCCACACCGUCGGGCUCUGGGCUUACGCUACAGACAAACUGAAGUCUCUGGGGGAACUUUGUGGCCUGGUGUCAGAAAAGGGACCCACGUCUGAAGACCUGAACAGGACCGUAGAUCUGCUGGCUGGACUGGGAGAUGAGAGGCCUGAGACUGUUAGCAGUUUGCAGAGCCCUUACAAAAAACUGAAAGAAGCUUUGUCGUCUGUAGAAGCUUUUGAAAGGCACUAUCUUGAACUUUCUCAUGCUGCUAUGGAAAUGUACCGGGCCAUCGGCCGGCUGAGGUCUGCCCGACUCGUGGGAAAAAGCCUGGCUGAGUUCUACAUGAAGAAGGGGGACCCUGAACGGGCGGAAACCUUCUUGCAGGAAGCUUUGAAGUCGUACGUAUCAGAGGGGUGGAGCCUCCCUGUGACUCACACCAGGAAACAAAUCGCUGAGUGUCAGAAACUGCUGGACAGAACUGAAGACUACUUAAGAACCAGUGCCUUGUUGGCUGGUGAUGGGAAUCUGACCACAGAGGAGAGAAAGCACUUUUGUCAAGAAAUUCUGAGCUUUGCCGGCAAGUCUGGGGAUCAGUCUCCUAAAGUUACCCUCAGCAUGAGCGUUUUCACUCAGCUCACGCGGCUCCAGUUCCACCCAGCGACGGCCUCGGUGCACUCUGGAGCCGUCCUGCAGGUGGAGCUCACGCUGCGAUGCUUGAUGCCCGUGUCGGUGCGCAUGCAGCAGCUAGCGGCUAGCAUUCACUUCGACAUCGAUCGCGGAGGGACUCACGGAAGGUCUAAGGGGGCUCAGAGACAAACAAACCCGGGGACGGUGGAGUUUAACCAGGGCAGCUCUUCGGUGGGUCCUCCCUCGUCCUCGUCCAACGCCCUUCCCUCGUUAGAGCUGGAUGAGAUUCAGGACAGGAGUCCCUCGGACAAUUCUCUCAACUCCACGGGGGUGGUGUGUAAAAACACUCACUUGCUCAUGCGUCGUCAUGACAGCAGCUCACCUCCGGACACGCCCAACUGUGUCAGCCCCCCGACUGUCGCCAUGAAGGAAGGAGCGCAGAUGCUGAAGGUGCAGGAUGUAACGUUAGAGCCUGGGAACAACAGCAUCAUCUUCACGGCACCAAGUGGACAACCAGGUGUUUACACGUUGCGCCAGCUGUGUGCCACGGUUGGCGAGGUGCAGUUUGUCCUGCCUCAUAUCUACCCAUCGGUCCAGUAUGAAGUAUAUUCUCAGGAGCCCCAGCUCACAGUGGAGCCUCUCUCAGAGCCACUGUUAGCUGGUCUGCCUCAGAUGGUGAAGUUUACUCUGCUGACGGGUCACUACACUGUGAAGAAAGGAGACGCCCUGCAGCUCAGCAACACGGACACCAUGCCCAUCCUGCCCUCCGCCAGCUGCACCGCACGCAUCAGCAGCCCUUCUGCUGAGUUGGUCGGUGAAAGCGUCCUGUCCAUCCAGUCGUCCGAGAAGGUGACCAGCAUCGCCCUUCCUCCCACCCCUCCCUACCACACUCUGGAGUUCCAGCUGGAGGUUCUGUGCAUCAUCCCAUCCGGGUCCGAACGGCCCCCCAACGAGAGGCUGACCAACGGGGAGGUCCGUCAUCGGCCGCGCAGCUACAGCCAUCCCGACACGCCCAUGACCGCCAUCGACCAGAGAAUGUCCAUCGACUGUCCAUGGUCGAUCUACUCCACACUGCUCACCCUCACCUUCUACAUCCCCUUCAAGACCAAACACUCACUGCUUUCUGCGGGUAACAGGAAGUACAUCCAGGUGUGCGUGCAGAAUGUGUCCGAUGUGAACUUCACGCUGGCAGAAGUGAAACUGGCAGAGAAGCAGCACGCGUCGCUGGAGCUACAGUCUCUCAACACUAAAUCACAGCAGCUGCUGUGCAGUAAGCACAGCGUGUUCUGCUUGUGGGAGGUGAGGUGGAAGGACGACCUGCCCUCCUGUCUCCACUGCGUCUUCUCUGCCAACUUCUCUCCUCUCAACCAAGACGUCUCCGCCUUCAAACCUUUCCACUACCAGUUCCAGCUCGAGAGAGUCACUACAUUGUACAGCGUGAGAGCGGAGAUCUUGCCUCCUGCUGGCGAGCAGCACUGCCGCUCCGGCCUCCUCUGUGGACUGGAGGUGUGCAUCACACGACUGACCGAACCUGCAGAGGGCGAGAUGGCGGAGGACAGCAAAACUGACACGGACGGCCUCAAAACCACCAAACUCAUGUAUGAAGUGGCUGACAGCAGCAGUAACUGGGCCGUGUGUGGGAAGAGUUCGGGGUUGGUGUCGAUGCCGGUGACGGCCAACGCUACACACAAGGUCCAGAUCGAGGUGAUGCCUCUGUUCGCGGGACACCUCCCCUUCCCCAAGAUCAAAGUGCUGAAGUACCUGCCUCACACCUCAGCGGUGGCCAUUCAGCCAGACCCCGACAGCUGCGUGGAGAACGACAGUUUGUCCCUGCUGGACAAAACGCUGGACGACCAGGGGGACACGGCGAGCAUCCGCAGCCGGGGCAGCAUCCACUCGGUGGGCAGCGGCGACCAGCAGCAGAAGGGCGUGGCCAUGCCUCGCCUGGAGCCCUUCAGCCCCGGACAGGUGUUCAACAACAGCCACGCGCGGCAGGUCCUGGUGCUGCCCGCCACCGACGACCACAUCAUGGAGGUCAACGCUACAUGACCCUGGUGGCGACACCGCACGCCGCCGCCGCCGCUGCCGCCGCCGCCACCCACCUCUUCUCCUUCUUCUUCUUCUUCUUCUUCUUCUUGUUGUAGGACUGAACCCAGGCCCUGGACGGACUCUGCUGAGCCUCGGCUCCGGGGCCGAUCAGAUCCGUGAGUCCACCUCAAAGACCGCUGCAGGUUUUCCGAUACGGACUCACCCCUUAGCAUGAAACAUCACUGGAGACGUUACGGACUAGACAGUGACGGAGCCAAUGACAUCUGCUGACGAAUUUAAAUAAAGAUUUUUCUUUGCCAUA